AUGGAUAUCCAAGCAAAACAAUCACAAACUUCAAUCAGGAGGGAGGUACAGGUGGUUAUAACAAGCCCUAUCAAGGAGGCUAGCAAUCUUAAUGCAAGUCCUCAGUCCUCAAAUGCUGAUUUGAAAUUUGUGGGAACUAGUGGAAAAAAUAAAGGUGGGCUCAUCCGAAAGGCUCAUCCAUUUCUAGGAAGGAUGGCAAGGAGGGAGAAUCGGGCUUCUCGUGUGCAAACAAACAAGAAGCUGAGUGAGAAGGUCAUCUUCAGCAAUGAAACACCAAAAAGGAACUAUGUGGCUGGUGACAACCUUGCCAAUGGGGUUGAUAUAACAAAUCAGGGAAAAGAUGGUGAAAGCAACCCAUGA